AUGCUCCUCCGCAUCCUCCUCGCGAUGCUCGCAGCAUCUCCCUCGUCCGCCCUCUCCACCCUCACCGACGAAGACCUCCGCAACAUCCCCUCCCCGGGCGACGACUUCGACAUUCACAAAGGCAAACUCCUCGCGCCAAUUCUUAUCCCCCGCGUCCCCGGCACCGAGGGCAGCUACAAGACCCAAAAGCACUUCGUCGACUUCUUCAAGUCCACCCUGCCGGCGUGGGAGCUCUCAUGGCAGAAUUCAACGUCCAAAACACCCAUCAGCGGCGACAAAGACGUCCCGUUUUCCAACUUGAUAUUCCGUCGGGAUCCGCCAGACACGCAGCCCGGUGACGUGUCGCGGUUGACGCUUGUGGCGCACUUUGACAGCCUGAUUAAGCCUGUUGGUUUUGUCGGCGCCAUUGAUUCUGCGGCGCCGUGUGCGAUGCUGAUGCACGUGGCGAGAAGUAUUGAUGCGGCGCUGACGAAGAAGUGGAAAGAAGACGAUGGGGGCUUGGAGGAGAAGCAGGGCGUUCAGAUAUUGUUCCUGGAUGGGGAGGAGGCCUUUCUGAAGUGGACGGAUACAGAUUCGUUAUAUGGCGCGAGAUCCCUCGCAGAAGAAUGGGAGAACCACUUCCACCCAACACUGUCCACCUACCGCACCCCCCUCGACAGCAUAUCCCUCUUCGUGCUCCUCGACCUCCUCGGCUCGCCCAACCCCAGCAUCCCGUCCUACUUCCUCACCACGCACUGGACUUACAAAAACAUGGCCGCCCUGGAAAAGCGCAUGCGCGACCUGAACCUGCUGGAGACAAAGCCCACCAAGCCGUUUCUCUGGAACACGAACAAAAAGCCAGAGGAGUUCUGGCGCCCCGGCAUCGAGGACGACCACAUCCCGUUCAUGCACCGCGGCGUAGAGAUAUUGCACUUGAUCCCGUCCCCUUUCCCACCCGUGUGGCAUGACAUUGAUGAUGAUGGGGAGCAUUUGGAUCUGCCGACGACGAGGGACUGGGCGAGGAUAGUGACGGCGUAUGUGGUUGAGUUUAUGGAGCUGGGUGGCUUUUUGGACAGGAAGGCUGCUAAGAUGGAGGAGAGGAGCGCUACGGGGAGUGUGUUUAGCAAGAGGACGGAGUUGUAG